AAGCAAUAUUCCUCAUGGCCAAUCCUACUUACUCCAUACAAUCUUCCUCCUUGGAUGUGCAUGAGAGAACAACACAUAUUUCUCACUGCUGUCGUCCCUGGGCCACACAAUCCAAAGGAUAUGAUUGAUGUUUUUCUUCAACCGUUGAUUGCUGAGUUAUCUCAUCUUUGGGAAGUGGGUGUCCAAGCGUAUGACAUAUCAUUGAAGAAUAAUUUCCAAAUGCGUGCUGCACUUUUGUGGACAAUUAGUGACUUUCCCGCUUAUUCUAUGCUUUCUGGUUGGAGUACAGCUGGUAGAUUGGCAUGUCCACGUUGUUGUGAUGAUACAGAUUCUUUUCGAUUACCUUUGAGUGGUAAACAAUCCUGGUUUGACUGUCAUAGGAGGUUCUUACCCACUGAUCAUCCUUUUCGACGCAACAAAUAUGCGUUUAUAAAAAAUGCUCAAGUAAGAAAAGGUCCUCCACAAACAAAAAAUGGGUACCAGUUGUUGGCUGAGAUUGAGGGAUUGGGGAUUAAAAAAGUAACAGAAUUGACAGUUGAAGAGACUCGAUUACGGAUAUCUAAACGACAAAGAACUUAUGAAUCAGGUUGGAGGAAAAAAAGUAUAUUCUGGGAUUUGCCAUAUUGGAGUUCGUUGCUUAUACGUCAUAAUCUUGAUGUUAUGCAUAUAGAAAAGAACGUCUUUGAUAAUUUGUUCAACACCAUUAUGAACACUAAAGGCAAAACAAAGGAUACGGCCAAAUCUCGCGAAGAAUUGAAUAGGUUUUGUCGCAGACCUGAGUUAGAAGCCAAUGAACAAACAGGAAAGUACCCUAAAGCAUGUUAUAUGCUUGAUAAUGAUGAGAAAAGAAUCUUACUUAAGUGGAUUGAAGGGCUUAGAUUUCCUGAUGGCUAUGUAUCCUCGUUGGGUAGAUGUGUCAACUUGAGUACACUUCAAAUGUUUGGUAUGAAGAGUCACGAUUGUCACGUGAUGAUGCAACGAGUAUUGCCGGUCGCACUAAAAGAUCUUCUACCAUUCAAUGUGUGGAAAACAAUUACAGAUCUUUGUCUCUUUUUCAAAGAUUUGACUUCACCAAACAUUCAAGUUGACAAUCUUCUUCAGAUGCAAAAAAAUAUUCCUGUCAUUCUCUGUAAGUUGGAAAGAAUCUUCCCUCCUAGUUUCUUCGACUCUAUGGAGCAUCUUCCAAUACACUUGGCCGAUGAGGCUAUGAUGGCAGGCCCUGUACAGUAUAGAUGGAUGUAUCCAUUUGAGAGGUACUUGGGAAAGUUGAAGAAAACAGUUAAAAACAAAGCCAAAGUUGAAGGAUCAAUUACAAAUGCUUAUCUUGUGGAAGAGGCUACAGCAUUCUGUUGUUAUUACUUUGAAGAUCAUGUUAAGACAAAGCAACGGAAUGUACCUCGAAACUUUGAAGGUAGUGGUGUUGAUGUGAUCCCUGACAUGUUGUCUGUCUUCAAGUAUGUUGGGAGACCAUUUGGAAAGAUGACAACUAGAUUUCUAGAACCUAAAGAGCACGACGCCGCCCAUUUGUACGUGCUAAACAAUUGCACAGAAGUUACAGAAACCUACACAGGGUUGUUUGAGGAUGAAAUGCGGGCCAAAUUUCGUGAUAUUUCAUCCAAUGAACUUCAACAGAAACUUGAGAAAGAAUUUCCCACAUGGUUCAAAGCAUAUGCUUCAAAUCCAACAAAUGGGCUAGUCAAUUCAUUUUUGCAUCAUUUGUCAUUGGGACCUCUGCACAGAGUUACUACAUACCAAGGAUUCUUUGUCAACGGAUUCAAAUUUCAUACGGUUUCUUAUGGCUCGAAGAAAUCAACUGAUAAUAGUGGAUUGUGCGUUAAGGGUUCAGUGUUGAACGGUGUCCAGUUAGAUUUCUAUGGUCGUUUGUUAGAGGUUGUUGUCCUAGAGUAUCCUGGGCUACCAAUAAAAACAACCACAUUAUUCAAAUGUGAGUGGUUUGACCCUCAAACUCCAACUGGAACCGACAUUGAUCGUGACUUCAAUCUGGUUUCGGUGCACAAGAAUCGUCGUUAUUCCAAAUACGAACCAUUUAUCCUCGCCAAUCAAGCUGCACAAGUUUAUUAUUGCUUGUAUCCAAGUAAAAAUAACAACAGAAGCAAUUGGUUGGCCGCUUGUAAAGUGAAAGCAAGGCCAGUUGUUGAAGUUUCCACAACUGAACUUCCAACAACGUCUUUGCCUUUUCAAGAGGAAGUCGUAGGCAGAAUAUCUCUUACGAAUAUAGAUGACAUUUCAACAAUGGUUCAUCCACAUGGAGGCGAGGUGGACAUAGAUCAUGAUGAUGAUGAUGAUGAAGAUGAUGAAGACCUUAUUUUACAAUCCCCCGAGUCUUCUAACACUGAAUCAGAUUGAAUGGAUGCUUCUACUCAAUCCGGGUCUAAUCCAUCCGGUUCUACUCCAUCUGGUUCGGGUCCAUCCGGUUCUACUCCAUCUGGUUCGGGUCCAUCCGGUUCUGGUCCUAUUUUCGAUAAUAGGCCGCCAG